AUGCCCCCUAAGAAGGUUGAAGCUGUCAAGGACAAUGUUGUCGCUUUCGGAAGGGUUCGCAAGAACCUAAAGAUGGGAUGCGUUGGUCUGCCUAAUGUGGGAAAGUCGAGCCUGUUCAAUCUCUUGACCGAGCAGAGCGCUGCCGCAGAGAACUACCCCUUUUGUACAAUUGAGCCCAAUGAGGCGAGAUGUGCUGUUCCCGACAUUCGAUAUGACUUUCUCUGUGACCUUUGGAAGCCGCCCUCCAUGUACCCAGCGUAUCUGCAGGUCACCGACAUUGCCGGCCUGAUCAAGGGUGCUUCCCAGGGAGAGGGACUUGGAAAUGCCUUUCUAUCUCAUAUCCAGGCCGUUGACGGCAUGUUCCACAUUGUCAGAGCAUUCGAUAACGAUGAAGUUUUGCAUGUCGAUGACUCGAUCGAUCCCGUCCGGGACUUGAAUACCAUCCAAAGCGAGCUUUGCAAGAAAGAUCUCGAUAUUCUGCAGAAGACCGUCAUUGCCGAGGAAGCAAUCGUCAAAAAGGCAGGUGGCAAAUACAAGAUGCUACCUCUCUUCACAGAGACAACGACAAAGAUCCGAACAAUGUUGGAACAGGAUCAGCCAGUCAGAGAUGGAAGCUGGACACCAGCCGAGAUUGCACUCAUCAACGAGAAGAUACAGCUAAUCACCACAAAGCCAACCAUCUACCUUGUCAACUUGACAAUGAAGGAUUACCUCAGACAGAAGAGCAAGUACCUGCCGCUCAUAGCCAAGUGGGUCACCGAGCACGGAGGUAUUCCCCGAGACAUUGUUCCCUUCUCUAUUGAGUUUGAAGAGAAACUUUACAGUAUGAAAGAUAAUCCAGCCGCACAAGCCGAGUUCCUCAAGGAGAGCAAAGUCAAGUCAAAACUGGACAAAAUCAUCACUGAAGGAUUCACUAAGCUUGGCUUGCAAUACUACUUUACCGCUGGCGAGAAGGAAAUUAGAUGCUGGACCAUCCCAAGAGGGUGCCUAUCACCACAAGCUGCUGGAGCUAUCCACAGCGAUUUUGAGAAGGGAUUUAUCAAGGCUGAAGUGGUCGCGUACCAAAAUUUCCACGAUCUUUGUGAAGGUGGCAAGUCCAUGGGCCCAAUUAAGGCUGCUGGGAAAUACCGACAAGAAGGAAAGACUUACGUUGUCCAAGAUGGAGACAUUAUCCACUUCCAAUUCAACGUUUCAAAUAAGAAAUAG